AUGACUCAGUUGAAGCCCAUACUCUCUCAUUUAGACCCCAUAAUCCCAUCUUCCACCGGGAAGAUCAAAUCGUCCUCCUACGCCUUACACCGCCUCCGCUUCCACCCGCGCCUCACUCUCUGGUCCUUCCUCUUCCUCUCUUUCCUCCUCAUUUUCCUCCUCCGCUCCCCUCCCGCCGCCUCCACCGCCGGAAAACGCCGCAGCCUCAAAACCUCCGUCCAUCCCGAGCGGGCGCGUCCCGGCCCGAACUGGGAGGUCCGGGCCCGAAACUCGGCCCGUCCUCGCACUAGCUCCGGCCUCACCGUCCUUGUCACCGGCGCCGCCGGCUUCGUGGGGAGCCACGUCGCCGCCGCCCUCAAGCAGCGCGGUGACGGCGUGGUGGGCCUCGACAACUUCAACACCUACUACGAAUCCGGGCUGAAAAAAGCCCGAAAGAGCCUCCUCGACCGCCAGGGCGUGUACAUCGUGGAGGCCGACCUGAACGACGGCGAAUUGCUGGGCAAGCUCUUCGAGAUCGUGCACUUCACGCACGUGAUGCACCUGGCGGCCCAGGCCGGCGUCCGGUACGCGAUGCAAAACCCUGGCUCGUACAUCCACAGCAACGUUAACGGCUUUGUCAGCCUGCUCGAGGCCUGCAAGAACGCAGACCCGCAGCCCAGUAUCGUCUGGGCCUCGUCUAGCUCGGUCUACGGGCUCAAUUCCAAGGUGCCCUUCUCGGAGAAGGACCGGACCGACCAGCCCGCCAGCCUGUACGCCGCCACCAAAAAGGCCGGCGAGGAAAUAGCCCACACUUACAACCACAUAUAUGGGCUCUCGAUCACCGGGCUUCGCUUCUUCACGGUUUACGGCCCAUGGGGCAGGCCCGAUAUGGCCUACUACUUCUUCACCAAAGAUAUUCUGAGGGGGAAGGAGAUCAAGGUGUUUGAAGGGGCUGAUCAUGCGACCGUGGCCCGGGACUUCACGUACAUCGAUGACGUGGUUAGGGGCUGUUUGGCAGCUCUUGAUACAGCGAAAAAGAGCACGGGGAGUGGAGGCAAGAAAAUGGGGCCGGCCCAGUUGAGGAUAUAUAAUUUGGGGAAUACGAGCCCUGUCCCCGUCGGGAAGCUCGUGAACAUCUUGGAGAAGCUUUUGAAAGUUAAGGCGAAAAAGAGGGUGCUGACUAUGCCGAGGAAUGGGGAUGUUCUUUUCACGCACGCGAACAUUAGUUUGGCAAUGAAGGAGCUCGGGUAUAAGCCCACGACCGAUCUUGAGACGGGUUUGAAGAAGUUUGUCGAGUGGUAUCUUGGUUACUAUCGCUCAAAGAAGAAGAGCGCAUGGUGA